AAGAAGGAGAAGUGGAUAUGUUACUACGUUUGCUGUGAAGUCGAUAUGUUCUAACAUACUUGGGAAAAGGACAAACUGUAACCACGACAGUUGGACCAGGAGAGUGCACCUUAUUACUCGAUGUAAAUAAUAUUCACCGUGCUUCAUUACAUAGCUCAACUCCAGGUCUAAACUUUCAACAACCAGUAACUCAGAAAUCCACCAGCACCUGCAGCCCCUAUAAAUAUCCUUGCUCCUGGACACUCAAGCUAGUGUCUCUCAGUAUCUCCUUCCCUCUCUUCCUCUCUCUAUAUAUUGCUCCCUCUCUCUACAUCUUACAUAAGUGCACGUGAGUGGGUGGUAUUUGCGCAUGGAUACAGAAGUGCAUGCACAAAGAGGAUUUAUACAGAGUUAAGCUCUCUGUAUAACACUUCAAAACAAGCAAACAAGAGGAAAGAGGACGAAGCUUAAAGAAGAUGGCAGCAGAGCAGACCAAAACACACCCGACUUUACCAGAGGUCACGGAGGAAUUGAAGAAAAUAAUGGACAGAGGUUUUCCUAUACUUGCUAUGGGCUUGGCGACCUACUUAAAAAACAUGAUUUUAGUUGUGUGCAUGGGAAGGCUGGGAAGCUUGGAACUGGCAGGGGGUGCACUGGCCAUUGGCUUCACCAAUAUAACUGGUUACUCUGUAUUGUCUGGCCUAGCCUUGGGGAUGGAACCACUUUCUAGUCAGGCUUUUGGAUCAAGAAACUUAACUAUAGUGUCUCUUGCCCUUCAAAGGACAAUCUUUAUGUUAUUAACUGCAUCUAUACCUAUUGCGUUUUUAUGGUUUAAUUUUGAGUCUCUCAUGCUAAAGCUACACCAAGACUCACAAAUAAUACAUGUCGCAAGUGUAUUUUGCAGAUUUGCUGUCCCAGAUCUUAUUGCUAACAGCUUUCUUCACCCUUUACGCAUCUACCUACGGUGUAAAGGGACAACAUGGCCUCUAUUAUGGUGUACUUCACUUGCAACAGUGUUGCAUUUCCCUAUCACAGUUUACCUGACUUUUACUCUCCGUCUCGGGAUUCAAGGAAUUGCAAUUUCAACCUUUGUCUCUGACUUUGUCACCUUAUUCUUCCUUUUAGGCUAUAUCUUCUUUACUUAUGACCAACAUGGAUCUCUGUCAAAGCCCCUACCAGAAAAUAUAAAACUUCUUCCUUCCAUUUCUGUGGGAGAGCAAUGGAUAAUACUUCUUCAACUUGCUAUACCUAGUUGUUUAGCAGUUUGCUUAGAGUGGUGGUGGUAUGAGUUCAUGACAGUUCUAGCCGGCUACCUUGACAGGCCUGAAGUUCCACUUGCCGCAUCUGCUAUUGUAAUACAAACCACAUCUCUCAUGUACACAUUGCCUUCAGCCUUAAGUGCUUCAGUAUCAAGCAGGGUAGGGAACGAACUUGGAGCGGGACGGCCAGCUAAGGCUCGCUUGGCGACAGGGAUAGCCAUAGGGCUGGCUUUUUUGACUUCAACAUUUGGAUUCUUACUCACCACCUUAGGGAGAGAAGCAUGGGGAACAGUCUUUACAAAAGAUAGAGAAGUACUGGAGCUAACAGCGACCGUUCUCCCCAUUAUUGGACUUUGUGAACUAGCUAAUUGUCCACAAACAACAUGUUGUGGGGUGCUUCGGGGAAGUGCUAGGCCCGGUGUUGGUGCAGGUAUUAACUUCUACUCGUUCUAUUUGAUGGGAACACCAGUGGCCAUCAUUUUGGCCUUCGUUUGGAAACUAGGAUUUUUGGGUCUUUGUUAUGGGCUUCUAGCAGCUCAAGUGGCAUGUGUAAUCUCAAUGUUAAUAGUCACUUAUAGUAUUGAUUGGGAAGGAGCAUCCUUGAAGGCACAAGAACUAGUGGGAAGAACUAAUGAACUCCCAUAUGAAGAUCAACUGGUAAAAAUUGAGGAGGGUAAUGGACUUAUCAAAGGAUUUAACUUCUGAAAAGGGAGGAAAUCUAAGGAUGCAAUGGCUGGAAAGGAAAAGGAAUGAGAUGGUACAGACAAGAAGAAACAAAGAACGCUAUAUUCUCUAAGUAUUUCGAGUUAUAGAAUAUGCAACAGUAUCUUGGACUUUUGACAUUAAAGCAACUAUUUUCAUAAAUCUAACAGGAUUGUCGAUGGGAUUAUAGAAGUAUAGGCCAGCAGAAGUGUGUUUUGUAGCUCAAAUGUGUAAAUGCAUGAGGCUUUUGGUUUGCAUUUAGAUGUCAAUAUAUGUUAUCUUAGUAGCUAUGACAUGAACAUUUGCAUGAGUUUAUAGUUUCUUUUUUUGUAGUUCUCAGCAUCUAUUGUUAUCAGAAUAACCACAUCACAACAUA